UGCGCACUGUUGUGUUAUCGCACUUAUCGAGUGGCGUGAUUAUUCGAUAGCCUCUGAUAGAGAAAAUGUACGUCAUGUGAUUGUGGAUUCUUUUUUCGCACGGAGCAGUCACCUGUCGACGAGAAAAUAUAAUUACGCCUGCAAUUCGACAGUGAAGAAAUAGCAAGAUGGCGGCCCAAAUACGCACCGUGGUGUCCCAAACGUUCCUGUGGCUCUUCCUCGCGGUGGCCACCAUCCUGACCCUGUACUUCGUGAUGACGGGCAAGGGCGAGCGGGUGAGCGUGGGCUGGUUCCUGGCCUCCUCGAACCCGUACAUGUGGGCCUGCCUGGGCAUCGGACUCUCCGUCUCGCUGUCCGUGGUGGGCGCCGCCCUUGGCAUCCACACGACGGGCACCAGCAUUGUGGGCGGUGGUGUGAAGGCGCCCCGCAUCAAGACCAAGAACUUGAUCUCCGUCAUCUUCUGCGAGGCGGUGGCCAUCUACGGUCUGAUCACCGCCAUCGUGCUCUCCGGCCAGCUGGAGCAGUUCUCGAUGGAAACGGCGCUGUCGCAGGCCGCCAUCCAGAACACCAAUUGGUUCUCCGGCUACCUCAUCUUCGGCGCCGGCCUGGCCGUCGGUCUGGUCAAUCUGUUCUGCGGUAUCGCCGUGGGAAUCGUGGGAUCGGGAGCCGCCCUCUCGGACGCCGCCAAUGCUGCCCUCUUCGUGAAAAUCCUCAUCGUCGAGAUCUUCGGCUCGGCCAUCGGUCUGUUCGGCCUGAUCGUGGGCAUCUACAUGACCUCGAAGUCCAAGAUGGGCGACAAGGAGUAGGCGCAGCCGUCACCAGCCUUCCAGUCCUUCGCCACCGCAUCAUCACGAAGAACAACAACAACCAUCAGUCACCCAGGCAUUCCCUCAUCCCCAGCAGACACGCACAAGACCAGUGUUUGCCUAUUUUUUGGAAAUUACAACUCGUUCAAUGCAGUUACAGCUUGCAGGCGCCU